GCGGCCUCCUGGAGGCUGCGCUGUGACCCGUCUCUGUUGCGGUAUCUCUUGGGCUUCGCCGGGCGGCGAAGCUUGGGGCUGGCUAAGGGCGCUGUUGGCUUCUCUGUCGGCCGUGGAUCUAGCUGGAGAUGGUUUCACAGCACACAGUGGCUGCGGGGAACCUUUUUGAGAAUCUUUGAAUGCUCCAGACUCUACAAAGAAGAGCAUAUGUAGUUACACACAAAAAUGUGCAUGAAGUUUCAAGGAUUUACUGAUGUCUGAAGUACCUUGACUUUUUACCUAUUUCUCAUCCCCUGCCUGCAAACAUACACCUUGAACAACUUGUCUGGGCAUCAUUGUGAGGGAGAGGAUACUACAUCCCAAGUUGAUCCUAUUAAGAUACUAAUGCCAUCCCUGUCUCCUACGAUGGAAGAAGGAAACAUUGUGAAGUGGCUGAAAAAGGAAGGUGAAGCUGUGAGCGCCGGAGAUGCAUUGUGUGAAAUCGAGACUGACAAAGCUGUAGUUACCUUAGAUGCAAGUGAUGACGGCAUCUUGGCCAAAAUCGUGGUUGAAGAAGGAACUAAAAAUAUUCGACUAGGUUCACUGAUUGGUUUGAUGGUUGAAGAAGGAAAAGAUUGGAAGCAUAUUGAAAUUCCCAAAGAUGCAGGUCCUCCACCACCAGUUUCAAAACCAUCAGUGCCUGGCCCCUCACCAGAACCACAGAUUUCUCUGUCUGUGAAGAAGGGACAUACACUGGGUACACUGCAGUUCCGUUUAAGUCCAGCUGCGCGCAAUAUUCUGGAGAAACAUGCGCUGGAUGCCAGCCAGGGCACAGCCACCGGCCCUCGGGGGAUAUUCACUAAAGAAGAUGCCCUCAACCUGGUCAAACUGAAACAGACAGGCAAGAUUAUUGAAUCCAGACCAGCCCCAGCUCCUCCCCCCACUCCCGCAGCAUCUGUAGCCCCACAGGGCACCACCGGGCCAUCUUAUCUACGUCCACUGAUCCCACCAGUAUCGACUCCUGGCCAGCCUAAUGCUGUGGGCACAUUCACUGAAAUCCCUGCUAGCAAUAUUCGAAGAGUUAUUGCCAAGAGGUUAACUGAAUCUAAAAGUACUAUACCUCACGCAUAUGCUACGGCUAACUGUGACGUUGGUGCAGUUUUAAAAGUUAGACAAGACCUGGUCAGAGAUGACAUUAAAGUGUCAGUAAAUGAUUUUAUCAUCAAGGCAGCAGCUGUUACUCUUAAACAAAUGCCAGGUGUUAAUGUAAGCUGGGAUGGACAGGGCCCAAAGCAAAUGCCCUCUAUCGACAUUUCAGUGGCUGUGGCAACAGAUAAAGGUUUAAUUACACCAAUCAUAAAAAAUGCUGCUGCUAAGGGUAUACAGGAAAUUGCUGACUCUGUAAAGGCUCUAUCAAAGAAAGCUCGAGAUGGAAAAUUGUCACCUGAAGAGUACCAAGGAGGGUCCUUCAGUAUUUCCAACUUGGGGAUGUUUGGCAUCGAUGAAUUCACUGCAGUGAUCAACCCUCCCCAGGCCUGCAUUUUGGCUGUUGGGAGAUUCCGCCCUGUGCUGAAACUCACUGAGGAUGAAGAGGGGAACCCCAGGCUGCAGCAGCGCCAGCUCAUAACAGUCACCAUGUCAAGCGACAGCCGAGUGGUCGAUGACGAACUGGCUACCAAGUUUCUUGAGAGUUUUAAAGCAAACCUAGAAAAUCCUGUCCGACUUGCUUAGUUCUCAAAGACAAGAAAUUAAUUAAAUAGUUGUUACCAAGAAACGCACUAUAGGAAAACAAUUGAGUAUUAAGUGUGAAGUGAAUGAAAUGUUUAUUUAUUUAAAGUGAAAGCAUUUGACUCAAGUUGUCUUCAUUUUCAACUUGGGUUUAUUGUUGUAGAAAUAAAUGAUGAUUAAAUUAUAAUAAAGGAAAGAAAACAUUUGGUUAGAUCCAUUUUUAACCUCUGGUGCUGUACAAAAGGUUUAUUAAACUAGAUGUAAAUCAAAUUAUAUGUUUGGCUCAUUUGAGCAUUUUAGAAUAUUUGAGAAUGUAUUGUAAAAUCAAAUCAUUGAUAGAACUCUACCUUGAUUGUGUUAAAGGUAGAAGUGGUCUUCAAAAAUUCACCCGUAAAUUAGUGAGACCUCUUUUUUAUAAGUACUGCUCUAGAUAUACUUGAACAAUUUAAUAUGUACAGAAGUUUAUUCUGGAUAAUAGUGAAUAAGUAUUACAUUGUUUCAGGGGUUAUAGCAACAUUAUUAAAUUUUUAUGUAUAUAAAGCCAUAUAUGUUCUAGUCAUAUAAGUUUCUAUCAGUCUUAUUUUUCAUUUCUGUAACACUGUGAACUUCCAGAGAAAAAAUAUAAGAAGAAAUAAAAGUGAAGAAAGAGACCAAAAAA